AUGGCGUCCACCUUCCUUCCUUUCAACCCCCAGCCCAUGGCCUCGUCGUCCGGCGCCAAGCCCAAGCGCAAGCGCGCAUCGUCCCUCGAGGCCGAAGAGUCCAAUGCCAAGCACCUGCGCAUUGUUGCUCCCCAGUUUGACACGGCUACGGGCUUUGGCUUCCCUCCCGAGCUCAUCCCGGACAUGACGACGUCGACGACUGCGUCCGAGAGCGACCAGAUGAUGGACCACGACAUGGACUUUGACAUGGACGAGACCCUCGAGACGCCGUACGCUGCCCCCGAGACCAACUAUUCGUACGCCGAGGGCGGUUCGGGCGGGUUCGGCUUUGGCCCCGGCGCCGAAGAGGACGACAUGGACAGCGACGACAGCCCAAAGUCGGGCUACGCCCAGCUGGGCGUGUACCCGUCCACGACGACGCACCCGAACCCGCACCACUUCUCCAACAGCCCGCCGUUCACGUCGUUCCAGCAGAACAGCGGGUGGAACACGAACCCCUCCAGCGCCGCUGGCGCUGCGCCGGGCCUCAUCCAGCCGGCGUCGGCGGGCCCCCUGCCAUGGGGCGCCAACGCCGUCGAGCGCGCCCGCAACGCCCACGGUCCCCAGUGCACCUCCAUCCCCAAGCUGCACAUGAGCGACUACCCGGACUCGACGGGCUCCCGUUCCCUCUGGAGCAUCUGCCAGGACUGCGGCGCGUGCGAGCGUGCCAGCUGA